UCACCCCCAUUGUUUCAGAUCCCUCUGUUGUUUGAGCAGGACAGAGAGAGAGUACUGUACCCGACCCGACUGUGGUCCACCCUAUUCCAGUGAGGAGCAAGACAAACCCAGGCCAAUGAAUCCCAAGUUAAUUGAAAAGCCGAAGUCGAAGAUUACGGCUUCGCGUAAACUCUCCCUGAAGAUCAUGCUGCUCACCAGGGCGAUGGAGCAGCUGGAACAGGAGACGCAGGACAGGGAUGAGGAGAAACUGAGCUACCUGGGAGAGCGACUGCCCCCCCUGCAGUUCUCUGGACUGUCAUUGGCUGAGCUACAGGACCUAUGCAAGCAGCUCCAUGGAAAGAUAGAUGUGGUAGAUGAGGAAAGAUACGACUGUGAGGCCAAAGUGACCAAGCACAACAAAGAUAUCCAUGAGUUGAAGCUGAAGGUGCAGGACUUAGGAGGGAAGUUUAAGAAGCCCGCCCUGAGGAAGGUGCGGGUCUCUGCAGACGAGAUGAUGAGAGCUUUGCUGGGAACCAAACACAAAGGCUCUAUGGACCUCAGGUCCAACCUCAAGUCUGUCAAGAAGGAAGACACCAACAAGGACAAAGACAAGGUGCUCACGUCUGAGGUGACCGACUGGCGUAAGAAUGUGGAGGCCAUGUCUGGCAUGGAGGGCCGCAAGAAGAUGUUUGACGCAUCUGGUGGCCAGUAAGCCAUGCUACAGCCUUGGAACGGGAACGACGCGCAUGAAAUGGUCCAGAGAGGAGGAAGAGGAGAAGGAGGAGCUGUGUAGUCCCUGAAAGCGCCCCGCCACACACCUUACCGCAGUACAAAGGCAGCAUUGGGUUAAAUUGUGAGGAGUCCAGUGCUGGGCAGUCCAUUAGAGGGAUUUGUAGCUUUGUAAAACAGGUUGUAGUUCUCUGCUGGAGUGGAAGGGUUUCUAUAAGAGUUUUACAGAGCCUGCAAUUUCUUUCAGUUACUAAUUACCAAAUAUUUGACAACCCUGUACAAACUCGUUUUGGAACUCAACCCAAUAUUAACAGUAUACCACAAAGCCCUCAGAUGAGACCGAAUGAGGUAGUCUUGGAAACCCAAAGCAAAAAUAUUACGUAAUUGCGUCAAAUGUUCAAUUAAAUUAUGGGGAGAGAUGUAUGAGAUAAGAUGCUAACGAGACUAGUCAAGUCUCCACCCCUUAAACGGAAACUCUCAGCCAAAGCACCAUCUCACCCAAUCCUGAUAGUCCAAAUAACCAGUGACGGAACAGCACCAGAACUACUGCUCCUCGUUUGUCGUCACAUCCCACCAACUUUUGACAGACGUUACGAUAAUAUUUAUUUAGGCUGAUAGUCUUAAAGAAAUAGGAAAGGCUUGAGGCUGAUUCACGUUUACAGUUGUCAAUAUCAUGAUGAUUUCCUAUCUAAUUAAGCAACAUGUUGCUCUCUCGGACUCGGACUCCCUCAGGGCUGAUGUCAAUGGUAAAACAGCAUGAUUUAACCCCGCGCGGACAACCUCGCACAUGAUCUCUCCACCCUGUCAUUGACGACUUAGCCUAUCACGCUGGGACAGUUAACCACUUCUUGAAAAGCUGUGUGUGGUGCAUAUCUCACUAUUGCUAUUUAUUAUGGAAGAUUAGAUGUAUGUGUCUUUUAUUUAUGGCAUUAUAAAAAAUGUAUCACCAAA